AUGGCAGCCAAGAGGGUACUGGUAUACCGAAAUGGGGAUCCCUUCUUCCCAGGUCACCAGCUGGUGGUGACCCAACGCCGCUUCCCCACCAUGGAGGCUUUCCUUCAUGAGGUGACAUCAGCUGUGCAGGCCCCACUGGCUGUACGUGCUCUCUACACGCCUCAUGAUGGCCACCCUGUCAGUGACCUGGCUGACUUACAGAAUGGAGGGCAGUAUGUGGCUGCUGGCUUUGAACGGUUCCACAAGCUCCAUUAUUUGUCCCCUGGAGAGAGACACUCAGGUGGAAAGAGCAGCCGACAGUCUGAUCCUUCCAAGUCUCACCACCCAUGUGACAGGACCGUUGGACAGUGGUUGCCAGCAGACAACCCCUGCUAUAUCCAUGUGUUCAGGAAUGGGGACCUACUAAGUCCUCCAUUUAGUCUGAAGCUGUCCCAGACUGCCAUCCAGGACUGGGAAACUGUGUUGAAGCUCCUGACUGAGAAGGCCAAGCUUCAGAGUGGGGCUGUCCACAGACUCUGUACCCUCGAGGGGCUCUCGCUGUCAGCAGGGGCUGCUCUGGUGAGUGGCUGUUACUAUGUGGCUGUUGGAGAGGAGGAUUUCCAGGUCCUCCCCUAUAUGGAGCUGCUGGUGCCCAGACCCUCUCCAUCCAGGGGCUGUGGGUAUCCUUGGGGCCUAAGGUGUAAACCACACAGGCAGGAGGCCCAGGGUUACAAGGCACAGGCAACACAACCUCCUCCAGAGGAACCAAGACAAACUGAGCCAUCUGCUUUCUGUGCCAGACCCCAGCAGUCCUUCCAGCCCAGAAGCAAGCUCCCCACUCUCCCAUUUCCAUCGGGAGUUAAGGGAGUAUAUGGGGCUUCCUACCCAAGGAAGGAGACAGCAGGGGCCCUGGAAGUAGAAGAUGAAAACACCUGCACAGAGGAGCCCUUGGAUCAGAGACAGUGGAAGAGGCCUUGUUCCUGUAACACCAGUUUGGCACUGCAGCCUCGGCCUCAGCCUCAGCGUCACUAUCUUAAAUGCCAGAAGCUCCAGACAGAAACCAGGAAACCAUUCCUAGCCACCUUUUGCCCCCAGCCUUCGCCUGUUCCUGAGAAGCCACACCUCCGUAGGCUCACAAGCCAGUAUGGCCUCCUCAGCCCCACCCCAUCAGUCUGCAAGUCUGCAGCACUGUUUUCCAGCUGAGACCACAGCAGCAGGCUCCUCAGAGUGGAAACUAUUUCCUUACCAGAUUUUCUGCCAGAGAAAGGAGUAUCAUGGGCCAGGUGUUGUGAUACACACCCUUGAUCUAGGAGGUUGAGAAGGAGGACCUCUGUGAGUUCGGGGCUAAUUUGGUCUACAUAGCAAGUUCCAAACCAGUCAGGGGCUACAUAAUGAGACCCUGUCUCUAAAUAAAUAAAUAAAAACAAAUUUAAAAAAGGAGUAGCAGACUGGGCUUAGGAGAAAGGCCACAAGUGUGGGAGUGGGUUUGUCAUAAUAAAACUAUCUGUGGGCUGGAGAGACAGCUCAGCAAUAAGAGCACUGGCUGCUCUUGCAGAGGACCUGGGUU